AACUCCAUAGUCAAAAGAAAAAAAGCGACGGCAGUUUGUGUAAAUCAUCUCAUUUAAGCCUUAUUCCUUAUAUGUAAUCACUCCCGCUCAUUCCCCCCAACCUUUAAUCUUCCUCUCUCUCUCUCUCAAAACCCUAAAGCUAACACUCCACUGACUCUGAGAAAAAUUCAUGAGCUCUCAUACACCUUAGCAUUUACCAAAGACCCAUUUGAAUUUGCUAUUGCUCUUUUAUUGCUUGAAGGACAGGAUAAUAUCAGUUCUUUCCUUAUAUGCUUGUGUUAUGGGAAGUUCAGAGGUAUUAGAGAAUGGGGCUGUGAGUAAUGGGAAUGGUAUAAAAUCACGCGAUGAGGAUGACUUUGAGGGGAUAACAAAUGGUGGGUUUGAGAAAAUGAUUAAUGGUGGAAAGGAAAAUGAGAAUUUGGGUGAUGAGAUUUUGGAGGAUUUUGAUACUUAUUGGGAAGAUAUCAACGACCGCUUAAUGGUAUCGAGGAUGGUGAGCGACUCGGUGAUUAAGGGAAUGGUGAGCGCUGUGGAGCAAGAGGCGGCUGAGAGGCUAGCUGCUAAGGAAAUUGAAUUAACCAACUUGAAGGAGUAUUUGCAAUUUCAUGAUGGGGGUCUUAGCAAAAUUGAAUCUCUUGGGUCACUCACAUUGCAGGAUGAGCUAGAAAGCAUAAAUUUUCGAAAAAACUUGAGUCUAUCAGAUGUUUUUAUGGAGCAUGACAAGAUGGGAGACUUUCUUGAUGGGCUAAGAAGUUCGGCAAAGGUUGAAUUCACGAAGUUGAAUAAGAGUAUUUAUGAGGUUAGAGGAUCCAAUUGUAUCAGGAACAUCAGCCCUCGCUCUGAGAUGAUGGGACUAGAAGGUAUUCUUCAGGAGAAGGAUUCUGGAAUUUGGGAUCAGGUGGACAAAACAAUAGAUAACCUGAAAAUGAUGGUGAAUACCAUCUUUAAGCGAAUGGAUGAUAUGCUACAAUUGUCCAAGACAUCACUUGGUCAGUGGCAGGAGGAGCAUCUCACUGAAGUGGAGCUUGAGGCCAUGAUAAUGCGCAGUGUAAUUCGGACUGUGCAGGAAGACCUUGAGUACAAAUUAUGGGACCAGUAUGCUCGAUUGUGUGGUGAUCGAAAUGAGAAGUUGAAUGACAUCUCUAGUUUACGGAUGGAUUUGGAAGCUGUUUUAAAGUCAUUGUCAAGUUCUGAAACAGGGCAUUUGAAUUCCCAUGGAUUGCAUGAUGUUGAUUUCUUUGCACGCAAGACAUCAAGUGAGCAUGUGACUUCUUCAAAAUCUGUUUGGGAUGGAAAUGAGAAGAUGGAGGAUUCUAAGACUGAUAUACCUGAGAACUUUGAUGCUGCCACGUUAAAGCACAUGUCAAGAGACGAAAUGGUGAACCAUUUUAAUAAUAUUCUGACAAAGAUGAAGAGACACCAUGAGUCCAUUCUGCAAAAGAAAACCGAUGAAUAUUUUGUUCUAAGAGCAGAUUAUCUAAAGCUUAGAGGAGGCUCUGCUGUGCCACACAAAAAGGAUAAGGGUGAAUUUGAUGUUCUAAGGAAGAAAAUUCCAGAAAUUAUAUUCAAAUUGGAUGAUAUUCUUGUGGAGAAUGAAAAACAUCCUGCAUUUACCCAGGAGACUCUAAGUUUCGGUAACUUGAAGGAUAGGCUUGAUAGCCUUCUUUCUGAAAAUCACCAGCUCAGAGACUUGCUUAGAGAUAAGAAAAAUGAAGUUAAGUCCCUUUUGUCCCAGGUUUCCGAUGCUACUGAGAAGAGGCUGCAACAUUCUUCUGUGGAAGCAGACAUGCUAAAACAGAUAGGAGAUCUCAAUUUAGCCAUGGAACGGUCACUCAUAGAAGCUUCUGUAAGGGAAGAAGUGUAUACUUGUUUUCUAAGGGAUCUUAGCAGAGGGACAGGAAAUGAAGUUGAGGAAUUAAACUUGGGAAUUGAUAUGAUUAAUGAUAGUAACGAUACUAAUGCUGGACGUACUAGAAAGGUUGAAAUUGAAGAUUUGGGUAUGGAGGGCCUGAUUAUGCAAGAAAUAUGUGGAGUGAUUUUCGGUGAAGGCAUCAAGGAGGCUAAAGGCAUUCUCAAGGAGCUGUAUUAUGAGUAUUUGAAUGAAAAAGAAAUUCGAAUAUCUCUUGAGACCAAAGUUAUUCAGAUGGAAAACGAAUUGAAAUUCGAGGUUGAAGAGAAAGACAGGCUAAAGCAAAAUGUUUCUGUGCUGGAAACGUCUGUGAACAAAAAGGAAAGGUUAGCAACAGAUGCUUCAGCUGCUCUAGCAAAAGAGAGGAAGCAAUUUGAGCAGGUGUGCCAAGAGUUAAAUACUGUGAAAGAGUUUGCAAGUCAGCAACAAACAUUAGCUUCUGGGUGCAACAAAGAAGUAAAUGUAGUAAAAGGCCAGUUGGCAGAAGCAUUGGAGAAAAUUGAAGUAUUGAAAGUGGAAGCAGCCCAAUUAAAUAAAAGUCUUGAGGAGAAGGCCGGGGAGUUAAAAGAAGCUAAUUACCAGGCACAUACAGUCCUUGCAAUCUCUGAAGAGAGGCAAACUGUUUUGUCCUCACUUGAAGCAAAAGAAAUUGAGCUAAGAAAGCAGGUGGAAACAAUUAUUGGUAAUAUAAAUGAAUCGUCAAAGAUGCUUGCUGAUUUUGAAUGCAGGGUGACAGGAAGUUUGAUAACAAAUAACGCCAGGUUUCAGAACUCGUCUUCUCAAUUGGAUUCUCUUGUUAAAAAGGCAAAUUUGCUGAGAAGAACAAUGCUACUAUACCAACAAAGGCUUGACAGAAGAUGUUCAGACCUUCAAUUGGCCGAGGCUGAGGUUGAUCUUUUGGGAGAUGAGGUGGAUACACUUUUAAGCCUACUUGAGAAGAUUUAUAUAGCACUUGAUCAUUACUCGCCAGUUUUGCAGCAUUACCCUGGGAUUAUGGAGAUUCUGAAGGUGAUCAAAAGGGAAUUAACUGGCGAGUCUACCAAGCUAGUAAAAUCAUCUUCUGCUUAAGAUAAAGAGUUCGAUUCCUGGAAUUUUCGCAUUACUCCAUCCUGGCUGGUACCAAUUCAAAGUACAACACGAAGGUAGAAAAACAGAUUUUAGUUAGUGACACAGAAAUGUAUUACCUUUUUGUAGCAGCUUGAAAUAGGGAAAGGAUUAUGAAGUUUCAACUGACCGGGCGUGUAGAGGGGAUCCCUAGUUAGUUGUGUAUAUUCUGUAUCAUCAGUCAGGAAAACCAAACAUCUAUAGCUGCAGCUGUGAAUUUUUUAGGUACAUUUUGUUAGCUAGCUUGUGUAUAUAGAGAUACAGAAGCAAAAUGUACAGACUACUUUGGCUAGUUAAAUUUAACGGAAAUCCAUGUGUUUAUCAUCUUUC